ACUUCUUAUUUUAUUUUUUAUAUUUUUUUCGAUUUUGGGCACUAAAAAUCAUAUUAUUUUUAUUAGAGACUUUUUUUUUUAAAUGUUCUCAAGAAAAGGCUUAACAUUUAUUUUUCAUGGUAAGUUUUGCAUGAUAAGUUGUAAUGCUUUAGUUUGCUAUAGACCAUUCAAAUAAAGAACUCACAGUUUUGUAUGUACAUUAUAGGUUUUUUUUUAAUGGGAUCUGUAUUCUUCAAAUUAAUGCUUUUAGUAUUCUCUCUAUUUUCCUGACUCAGAAUACUGGAGAAUCUUGAGGACGACAGGUAUUUUAGUCAGUACUAUCUGGGCAACACUUUGUUUAGCGUGUGUCAGUACCCACCCAUUGUGUGUGACAGUCUGACCAAAAUAGGUACUGGACUCCAGUGCAUCAUGUCCAAGUCUGGAGAAAAAGAUGAGUCAAUGAUACCUAUUCUUAGUCCAUCGAAUCAUGCAGAGAUUGAAAAACCCCAAAGAUUACCAUCUAAUGUUAUUGGCCUGAAUGGAAGAUUGAAAACUCAACGCUCUUUCAUUAAGAAUAAUAGAGGCAUGCAAGGACAUGCUUCUGCAGUUAAAGUAAAUUAUGCUUAUGCUGCUGGGCAUACAGUAACUAGCAACUACGAUGGCAAUUAUAAAAAUAUUUUUCCACCACCAGAAACCUAUAGCCCAAUGUCGGGUCAAUCCGAGUUGCUUUUACCUGUUAGUAAUACUGUAUCCCAGACCAAAAGGACUGAGUCUCGGAGCACUGUGUCAAGCAGCCUGGCUAGCCUGCAUAGGAAAACCUCCUUCAUGAGAGCUCAUUCACCAGGAAGUAAUGUAGCUGGUUUCAGCGGCAGCUUCAUGGCACAGAAGCUGCGAGAACUCAAGGUGAAUCAGGACAGGAAGGAGGAUCACAUGUGGAUGGGAGGGGGCCGGCUGGCUUGCAUUUGGGAAAGCCAAGACAAACAGGUGGAGCUGCGUGGUUGCAGUGAGAGUGAAAGCCCAGAGAAAAUUUCUAUGACCAGCAGUGUGACCACUCAUACCAGUGCUGACUCUUGGGUGUCUCGUGGAAUUCAAGUCAACAUGCACAAAAAGACAGGCAAGAAAAGAUCAUGCUCGAAUAAGGUGGGGAGUAUGGAUGUUCCUAGUGAUGGUCAGUGCACCGCCUUGUCAGAGGAUGUGAGCUGCAGCCUGUUAUCAGUAAAAAAGGUCUCCAGAGAGAGGAUGGAGUGCUGGAUUCCUCAUAUUGAAAGCUCUUUAGGAAGUCACUCCUUGCGUCCCUCGCAGUCCUCUUUGUACCUUCCCACCCCAGAGGAGCCAACUGCGAGAAGCGGCUUUCAAAGUGAGGAUGAGCAUAUUGGCCUUCCAGAUAGUCAUCUCAGUCCAAAGGCCUUUGAGCAUGUCAGAUUACUUCAACAUGGCAGAAGAGACGACCUAGUUGCUUAUGAUAACAUUAGCAAUGAAAAUCAGAACAAACAAGCAAUGAUUGUACACAAUUUUAAAGACAUGAUACAAAUAGAAGAUUUAGAAGAGAAGUCUAAUAGCAAUAAUAACCUCGGUAGCUUCACUGCUUUACAUACAACAAAUGCUGACUUGAGAAGUGUUGGAUCACAAAAAGAUCUUGGGUCAAUGAUGACCAUUAACUCGGAACUUACCUGGAAUCUUAUCGAAAAUGCAUCAUUUUCAAACUUUGAUGUGAACACAGCUAGAGAGUUACUUAGUUCUACUGGAGGGCUGGAGAUAAAUUACAGGGACAAACAGAUUUAUGAAGAUCUGGUUCAUAAAGUGCUCUUAGACAAUGAUCAAUUGGAUGGACGAAGGAAUGAUAAAUGGAUAAUUACAAUAUCUUUGGCAGCGCAGACAGAUGAACUAGAGGAAUAUUGACCUUCCACGUUAAGAGGACGUCAGUUAAAAACUUAAAGAAGGUCCACUGAAAUGAUCAACGUGACACCAAAAGACACCUACUGAAAAGUCAUGUGACCUCCCUCUGCUGUUACCCUCUACCCUAGCUCAUGGAUGGCUCAGCUUGGCUCACUUGGGCGUCCCCCCAUGACUCAACACACACACACACACCAGUGAUAUGAUUGUCUUGAUUUAUUUAGCAUUCCAUUUUCUUGAAUGAUCCUUUUUUUUUUUAAUGCAUCGCUAUGAAGGGUCGCUUAAAACAUCGUUUUAUUAGCUCAUAAAAUUUGUGUUGGUUUUCUAUGUAACAGAACUAACUAAGUAUAUAAUCUGAGGCUCUUUUUUAAUGUUAUAAUGAACUUUUUACACUGGUUUUUUUGUUGUUCUUUAUGAAAGGAGAAUGUAUAAAAAAAAUAAGAAUUAGAUUUAGCUUGGGUGAACUGUAUCUGAUCUAAUUGGCAGUGUUCUUGAGGACUAAAAAAAAAAAUUCUUUGUUAAGAAACUUUUAUUGUACUGCUAUUUGUUUAUAACAUUAUUUAAUUGAAAUAAAAGAGUUUAUAUUUUUAUAUCGACCUACCUUUUAAGAAUAUAUAUAUGCUGUUUUGCUGGUUUUAUAACAUUAGUUGCUUUGAUUUCUUUUAAUUAUUCUGUUUAUUUUAUUUGAAGUAUCAGUCAACCAUCUGUUCAUGUCUUCAUGUUUUUUUUUCAUGACUUGAGGGAAAAUUGUUUCUUUUUUUUUUUUUUCAAAAGUUUUUUUGUCUUUUAUUUUAUUAAAAUUAUGAAAAUAUUCUAAUGCCAGGAACAUAAGGAAUUAGGAAAAUUUAUUUCAGUUAUUAGAAAUUUUUGUUAGUAAUUCCCUUUCUCUCUUGAUCUAGUUAAUUAUUUUCAGAAGGACAAAUCAAUGUUAUUUUGUUUUUGUUCUGCAUUAGUAAGUCUUGUACUGGGCAUUUUUGAGCCCUAGUCAAAGAAGAGUUCUCUACUUCCUCUCUUUGAUGAUUUAAUUGAGAUAGACGGUGCAGUCAAUAGAUGAUAGCACGUUAAUGUGUUGAGUGCUCUGCUUGUUGUGUGGCUGUUCUCAAGUUUUCCUAGUUAAUGCUAGGUGUCAUUGUGUCAUUACUGUGGCCCUGAUCUACAGUUUCAUUACUUGAAUCCAAACCAGAGUUGUCGCUUGACGAAUUGAAUGCCACUGAUGGCUGUCUCUAUCUACAUUGAUACUCUGGUACUCCAAGUCUGUCUGUUGGAUCUUUGUUCUAACUUAAUCUUACAUCAUGUGGUGUGUAGAUCUAAAAGAGGAUUUAAAACUUUUUUGGAAAGUCUGAACAAUUCUUCAGUCACUGGGAUUCUUUCCUGUUUCAACUAAAUGUGUCUAUUCUGCUUUUUUUCCAUCUGCAAACCUGAUGUUUAUGGACUCAACAUUUUUUAAAUUUGGUUUAUAGCUUACUGUAAGUAUUGUCACAACUGCCUAUUAGAUAAUUAGGCUUGUCUCCUAGGAUGAAGGUUGAGGAGGAAUGCAGUCCUGGCUGUGAUCUACAUAUUUUUGCUACAUCUAACACAAACUGGCAGUGCACAUUUAAUCUCUCUUUUGUCAUCAAUGCCUAGCUUUGAAAAAUCUUUGGUUUAAAAUUAUCUUGUGGCUAUCGUAGAAGAUCUCCAGGUGUCUGUUUUGUAAGCCAUUUGCAGCCCACAACAAUGCCAGCUGGUCUUUAAAGCAUUUUCAUGGAACAUCUCUGUAACGCUGUUGUCCUUCCAGCUUGACAUAGAAGAUUGCCUUUAAAAUCCGAUUGAAUUAACAGCUUUUUUAGCUGGUAAAAUGCAGAAGAAAAGUCAAUUUCCAGCCUUGUCUUGCUCCAUUAGCUAACAACAUGUCUUACAAAUGAGGUCUUUGAGAAAAGAGUCUUUGUAAUCACAACAAAUAUUCAAUAAAGAUCAAUAAAGAAGUCUUAGUCUUUGGUAACUGCAAUCUUACCAUGUUUAGCAGAACAGUUACCUAGAUAGUGAAGAACUUGAUCUACUUGUUAAGUACUUAAUAUUUCAGAGGUCAGAACUUUUCCAGCAAUAAAAAUUAUGUUUUUGGUUGUUGUCGUAUUUUUGACCAGCCUGAGUGCAAUAUGUUGUGUAGAUAAAUGUUUUGCUUCUUUGAGUGGCUUAGUUAAGAGAAAAUACAUUUGGAACAAAUGUUCUUGAUGUAUAUAUUGCAUUAUCAGAUUUUAUUUGUUGACAUCCUUGACUGCUUUAAAGUGUAAUCUCUCACCAUGCUAUUAUCUUCAUUGGGUACAUCUUGUUUGUUAUUGAACCAAUAAAAGGUUCAUCUUCCUAAGAAGGAAAGCACCUAAAAAGAAAAUAUAUAUACAUUGUGAUAUUUGUUUCUUGGUGGGAUUGUAAAAUAUUUGAGUGCUGAUUUCAUAUAUAUGCCAUUUUUCCUAUUGUGCACUUUUUAGCUUCAUGUAAGUGUAUAGCCAAUAUCCUUAGGAUUUUCUAUUAUGUGAGAAUGUGCUGUAAUAUAUGAAAAUGUAUUAUGCUGUGUGGGGUUGUGGACUUCUAUGUGAGAAUGUGUAAACUUUGGUGACAUAAUUGUUAAAUUUUGAUAUUAGGUCUAGUCACAAUAAAACUGGGGUGACUGAAAGUUUAUUUUUUCACUUCCUCUUUGACUGGGAACCAGACUUCUUGACUGGGAUCUGUAGAUCUCCCAAAUCAACCAGACCACUUGGCUUGGAUCUGUAAAUCUUCUAAGUCAACCAGACCACUUGACUGGGAUCUGUAGAUCUCUUAAGUCAACCAGACCACUUGGCUGGGAUCUAUAGAUCUUUCAUGUCUACCAGACCACUUGGCUGGGAUCUGUAGAUCUCCCAAAUCAACCAGACCACUUGGCUGGGAUCUGUAGAUCUCCCAAAUCAACCAGACCACUUGGCUGGGAUCUGUAGAUCUCCCAAAUCAACCAGACCACUUGGCUGGGAUCUGUAGAUCUCCCAAAUCAACCAGACCACUUGGCUGGGAUCUGUAGAUCUCCCAAAUCAACCAGACCACUUGGCUGGGAUCUGUAGAUCUCCCAAAUCAACCAGACCACUUGGCUGGGAUCUGUAGAUCUACUAAGUUAACCAGACCACUUGACUGGGAUCUGUAGAGCAACUAAGUUAACCAGACCACUUGACUGGGAUCUGUAGAUCUACUAAGUUAACCAGACCACUUGACUGGGAUCUGUAGAUCUACUAAGUUAACCAGACCACUUGACUGGGAUCUGUAGAGCAACUAAGUUAACCAGACCACUUGACUGGGAUCUGUAGAUCUACUAAGUUAACCAGACCACUUGACUGGGAUCUGUAGAUCUACUAAGUUAACCAGACCACUUGACUGGGAUCUGUAGAUCUACUAAGUUAACCAGACCACUUGACUGGGAUCUGUAGAUCUACUAAGUUAACCAUACCACUUGACUGGGAUCUGUAGAUCUACUAAGUUAACCAGACCACUUGACUGGGAUCGCUAGCAAUGUGCUGGUAGUAUGUCACAUUGCUGGUAGUAUGUCACAUUGCUGGCAGUAUGUCACAUUGCUGGCAGUAUGUCACAUUGCUGGCAGUAUUUCCAAAGAACUAGAAGCAUUACAUUCAAACACAAAAAGUAUAUCAGGCAAUAGAAUAGUGGCUGGGGGGUUGGUGUCAGAACCAAGAAAUUAAAAAAAAAACAAUACUAGGCCAUGAUCUUUUGAAUGUGAGUUUUAACUGCUCAAUACCCACCAAGCCAUUGAAUGUAUGGAGUUGUAACAGAAAUCAUUGAUACAUACAUGUAUUUAUAUCUUUGUAUAUUUUGUGUCUUAGCUCCUUCAUUUCUUAUUGUGGUUUGCUUUGAAAGUUGACAGAAAGUGUUUGGGGUGUCUGUGGCUAGAUAUUUAUUUCACUCUCAUCAAUUAAAUAUAAUACAAUCUGUA